GCAAUUAAUGUGAUCUUUGCGUUUCUUGGCUCGAGCUGACGCUGGGAGCUUCUCAGGGACCGUAACGCGGCAAGAAAAAAAAAAGCCCGCAUACCAGCACCAACGUCGUGCGUGCGCCCCGCUUGCUCCCGGCACUGCGUCAAGCUGCGCUCACACAUUGAAGCUGGAAAUUCCCCACCCCGUGUGAAGAGCUAUUGGAGCUCAACGACGUAAUGGCCUGACCCGUCGAGCAUAAUAAUCAAGUCGAACAGAAAACUUGCACCACCGGUAGAGACAGAGCAGUCGAUCAACUCACUCACACCAAGCACAGCUGAGAUACCUUUGCUACUUUUAUCCCCGUGUUGCAACCAGACAAUCGCCCAUCAUGGCUCGCAGGUUCUUCGUCGGAGGCAACUUCAAGAUGAAUGGGACCUCAGAGUCCAUCAAGAAGAUUGUCGAGAACCUUAACAGCGCCAACCUGGAUGUCAAUGCCGAGGUCGUGAUUUCGCCGCCCGCCGUCUACCUCACCCUGGCCCGCUCCCUGGCCAAGAAGGAGAUCGGGGUGGCGGCCCAGAACGUCUUCGACAAGCCCGACGGCGCAUUCACCGGCGAGACCUCAGUUUCGCAGCUCAAGGACAUCGACGUCCAGUGGGCCAUCCUGGGUCACUCGGAGCGCCGCACCAUCCUGGGCGAGUCGGACGAGGUCGUGGCCUCAAAGACCAAAUACGCGCUUGACAACGGCCUCAGCGUCAUCUGGUGCUGCGGCGAGUCGCUCGAGGAGCGCGAGGCCGGCAAGACGGUCGAGGUCGUCACGCGUCAGCUCGAGGCCCUCAAGGCCAAGGUCGGUACCGCCGGCUGGGAGAAGAUCGUCAUCGCCUACGAACCCAUCUGGGCCAUCGGUACUGGCAAGGUCGCCACCACGGAGCAGGCACAGGAGGCGCACGAGGCCAUCCGCAACUGGCUCAAGACCAAGGUCUCCGACAAGGCUGCCGACGAGACCCGCAUCCUGUACGGAGGCAGCGUCAACGAGAAGAACUGCAGCGAGCUCAGCAAGAAGCCCGACAUUGACGGCUUCCUCGUCGGCGGUGCCAGCCUGAAGCCGGCGUUCGUCGACAUCUGCACCUGCAAGGCGGCUUGAUCGCUGUCGUCGGAGCUGCACCCAACGACCCCUAAGGGGUAAAAGCACAGCGAGAAGAUUCCAAUGGGAAAUAGGCUGUUGCCUCCGGCUACGGACCCAACAAACACUAGUACUGCCCAUGCAAUUAUGGAAGAACCCGCACCGGCUUCUGAAGAACCCGUGGUGACCGAGGCGGUCAAAGGAGUAUGCACUAGCAGAAAUGACAAUCGCAGGACACACCGACAGGACAUAUAUCCGCUCCAUGCACAAGGGUUAUUUGUGAUGUGCCAUUCGCAGUGUUUUCCAAUUAAGUCGUGACAACGUGCCGCGGACAACUCGCUAUGUUCAACGGCC